AUGCCGCAGUCUAGACGAGCCUCUUUCGAUGAAAACUUGGAGCUCGUAGAGCCCAGCCCAGUGAAUGAUCCGAUUGACGAUGGCACGAAAAGACUGAUCCAAGCAAGACCUGUCCAACUUCGCUCGCAAGCCCACGAAGUGCUCUUCAUCUUGAUUUGUGCAUCAGGCUCUCUUCUCACAAACAUCGCUUUUGGCAACAUGACAGUCUCGUUGCUCGAUGUCCAAAAAUCACUUGAUUUGGAUGAAACUGAGCUUCCUUGGCUUCAGGGUGCGUAUGCUUUGGCAAAUGGCUCUUUUGUGCUUGUGUUUGGCGGCCUGGCAGACUCUCUCGGUGCAAAGCGUGUCUUCAUCUGCGGCUGUCUGUGGCUAGCAAUUUGGUCUCUAGUUGCCGGCCUAGCAAGCAGUCCCAUCCAGCUAUUUGUGUCGCGCGCCAUGCAAGGCAUCUCUGGUGGAGCACUCGUCCCUUCUGGUCUUGCACUCCUCGGAUAUGUCUACGAGCCUGGCCGUCGCAAGAACCGCGUCUUUUCCAUUUACGGUGCAGCAGCACCCAUUGGCUUCAUCAUUGGUGCAGCUGAGGCAGGCGUGUGCAUUCAGGUCGCCAACUGGCGCUGGACAUUCUACAUCAACAGCAUCCUCGUAACGCUUGUUGCCAUUGCAGCAUGGUUCAGUAUUCCCCCAGAUGAACAUCCAGUCGGCAACUUGCGCCGUUUCGAUUGGCUUGGCUCGGGUGUGGCCAUCGCAGGCAUUGUUCUGGUCGUCUUUGGUCUGACAGAUGGUCCGGUUGCUCAUUGGACACCCUAUACCUACGGCCUCUUGAUUGUUGGUGUGCUCCUGCUAGCACUCUUUGUUUGGAUCGAAAAGAAGGUCUCAGACGACCCAGUCAUGCCACUCGAGAUGUGGUCUACUCCUAGCUUUGGCUGGUUGAUGGCAGCCACUGUGCUUGGCUGGGGCGGAUACGCUUGCUGGCAAUUCUACGCUGGUCUCUUUUGGCUCAAAGUUACGCAAGCCUCUCCACUCCUGACUGCUGCCUACUUCUCCCCCAAUGCCGUUUUUGGUGUUGUAGCCACCAUGGUCUGUGCAAGCACGCUGCAUAUCCUACCGGGUCACUACAUUUUUGGCAUUUCGGGCAUGUGCUUCUCUGUUGGUCCUGCCCUGUUUGUGCUACUCAGCUACAAGCCGCAUUUGUCGUAUUGGGCAGCUGGCUUUCCAGCACUCAUUUUCACGACAUUCGGGCCUGAUCUCAGUUUCUCUUCAGCAAGCAUCUUUGUUACAAGUCACGUUAAGCGCAAGUAUCAAGGAAGUGCUGGAUCCGUGCUCAAUGCGAUUUUGCAGGUAGCCAUGUCGUUGGCUGUUGGGCUUGGUGGUAUCGUCGAGUCGCAAGUGGUGCAGGCACGAAGAGACCCACUCAACCCGGAUUGGCAGCCGAGUCUGGACGAUGUUUUGGCAUCUUAUCGUGCUGUUUGGUGGUUUAGCCUGGCCUUGAGUCUAGCGAGCUUGCUCAUGACUUUGCUUUUUGUACGCAUCGAAAAGACGAGUGAGAAGAAGCACCUGGCUUGA